CAAAAUGCAGGACGAUGGCAUCCUGCAUGCGAUGGCGGCGAAUGAGGCGUAUGUCAAGGCGCUUCGGAGGAUGAUACAGUCUUUGGAAGAGGCUGAGGAUCGUUUGCUAGGCCGCAUGCACUUCUUGAGGAGAAAGAGAUAUCGUAGCCAGAUCAAACUCGAUGCAGAUCGUGCGUCCCAGUUGAAGCUAAAGUUGUGCCCUAGCGGCAACAUCUCGUCUGCUGCAUGCGACGACUUAUCUCCCAGGACGAAACAUGUCCGCACCACCGUCGAUUUCAAGCGCGGGUACUUUCAGACUCCCUGCGUCACCCAAGUCGGCGGAAAGUUGGUCGACGGAGUGGCUACGCCAGGCGCCAACGAGCACGUACGCGCAGUGCGUCAGCUUCGCGGUCUCCUGCUUCCCCUCCAGCCAUCCCAAUCAAUCGCAUCGACGUGGACUUCAAACGAGCAAUCAUUUCUCACCAGCGCCUUUGUCGCAUGGCCCCAUCAUCACCGCGAACCUACAAACGACGAAUGGGAGUCCAUGUGCAACACCGUCGUGUCGUGUGUUGAAACGAAGAAGCGGCGGUGGGUGCGCUUGAAGUGCGCGCGCCAUCCGUGGUCCCCCGCCGAGGACGAUCAACUGCGCAUUCUCGCGGAGACGCGGUCGUUGGGCUGGCGCGGCAUCGCGUCCAUCGUCUCGACGCCAUCCAUCGCUCGGUUUCCUGCGGAAUGUCUGAUUCGGUACCAACGGGACUGCAAUGCAGGUGGCACGUGGGACUUUCGGCGGUGGAAUGCCGAUACCCAUCAAGCGCUGCGGCAACUCGUGCAGGAACUGGGCGAGAACUGGCCCGCUAUCGCCGAACGGACUGCCCACCGCACAGCCACCGAGUUGAAGCGAAAGUGGCACGAAUUGCAGACGAUCGAAGCAUGCUCUGCUGCCAGUGGCGACGGAAUGUCAUGUAGCAAAACAGACCGAUUGCUAGUGCUAGCUGCGUACUGCUAUUCGCGUCGAUGGAGCGACGUGCAAUGGACCAGCGCCAUGCGGCACAUUCCGCACCCUCCACAUCGCAUGCACCAAUACAUCCAAACAUUUGACAAGGCUUUGAGUCCCAUCUGUAUUCCCGCCAACACACCACACUCGUAGACUCGUCCUGAAGGUUAAACAUGAAAAUGUCGGGAUUAAUUGCAUCCUUUGAACUGGUA